AGUCUUUUACGCCAGAGAGGCACCUUCUACUUGUUUUCAGGGUCUGAGGUACGACUUUAGCAUCAGACACCUGCUCCUCAGUUCCGAUGCUGCACUCCGCAAAGUAGUUUUCUAGCAUCUUCCACCUAGAAGUUCAGGAUCCUCUCGCAGCCGGCAGCCAAGUGACCGAGAGUCACCUAGGGAAAAAACUUCAAAAGCUGCCGCACGCGAGAGGGACAGCCAAUCGCUUUAAGUAUCGGGCGGAGAGGGCGGGGCUUACACGGUCGGCUCGCCCUGAGGUGCGAUGUGAAGACGCCGCUCUCCCGUCGGAGUGCGCCCUUUUCCCUGUGAGGAACCAGGAAGGGGAGUCUUCGCGGGUUCAAGGUGUGAAGGAGAAAAACUAACAGCGGGAUGCGGCCUGCGUCGAGCAGAUUUAUGGUCCGCAUUAUGUCUGGAGCCAGCAGUAAGCUUACUCUUUUCCUCUUCGGCUGUUUUUUGUUUGCCUUGGGAGUCUGCACUGAGGACCACUGCGUAGCUGACCCUCACAAAGCUGACUAUUACAUGGCUGCUGUGUACGAGCACCAGGCUGUCUUGAGUCCGAACCCCCUUGCUCUCAUCGGCCGCAAGCAGGCCUUGGAACUAAUGAACCAGAACCUGGACAUCUAUGAACAGCAAGUGAUGACUGCAGCCCAGAAGGGUGUACAGAUUAUAGUGUUCCCAGAAGAUGGCAUUCAUGGAUUCAACUUUACAAGAACAUCCAUUUACCCGUUUUUGGACUUUAUGCCAUCUCCCCAGCUUGUCAGGUGGAACCCAUGCCUGGAGCCUCACCGUUUCAAUGACACAGAGCCUAGGUCCAAGGAUGCACACGGAUGGAGCAGACUGAAGUCCACCUCCUGCUGCAUGGCGCAGCCUCACUGGAGCCCAGCUCGAGCAGUCACGCAGACAGCUUGUCAGCCGACCUGCAGACAGGUAACUGAGCAAAGGAGUCAAACAGCCCGUGAAAGAGAAGACAUGGCAGAGGGCCGGAGAGUCAUCUUUCCACCGUUCUCUCAGAGGACAGACCUGGUUGGGCCCCAGGACAGAAGUUACCAGAAGGGAGGCUUCACAACUCCAUCUAAGGAAGACCUUUCUAACAGAGCUGCUCAACAACUGAAUGGACUGCUUGGUGAGCAGGAGACAGCUGACCUCAGCCAUAAAGCCUUACAAUACAAGAAACCAAGGAGGAAACACUUGGUACCUCAGCUGGUAUAAGACUCAGUUUUGAGGAUGGAGUAAGAAAGAUGCUAAGAAUACACUGUGUGAUGGCAAGUUGUGAUUAUUCCACAUGGAACUUUUAGUUUACACUCACUAUUUAAAGCCAUGUUAAGCCAGUAAAUAUUGAAAGAGCAAAUGUCUUAAAAUCUUAUUCUACAGCUUCAUUUGUUAUCACAUAUCUAGAUACACCUAUAUUUUAGCCUUCACACACAUAUACAUUUAUUUUAAAAGCCACAUAUGUUUUUGAAAUAGCAAGAUGACUUAGUAUAAAACAACACUGAUAACCACCAUCCAGGUUAAGAAAGAGUACUAUACCAGCGUAACCGAAGUUCCAUGUACUCCCUUCCCUAAUCACUACCUUUUCCCUCCUCCCACAAUGGUAACCACUACUUUGAUCUUCUGUGUUAACCACUUCCUUAUUACGUGUGCUCAAAGACUAAAGUUUUGAAUUUUUUGAGUCUACUAUAGAUUCAUGCAGUAUGUAUACUUUAUAUCUUGCUUUUUUUGCUUACAUUUAUGUGUGUGAGAUGCUGUUGUAGGUAACUGUAGUCAGUUCCUUUUCACUAUUAUAUAAUAUUUCACUGUGUAACUAUGCCACACACUUAUACAUUUUACCUACUGGACAUUUAGCUGUGUCAGUUUUCCCAUUUUUACCAAAGCGAACAACUACUUGAUUACCCUAUAAUGCAACAUGUAGAGGUACCGUGUGUGUGUGUAUUUAUAGGUAUUCAUUAUGUAGCAUAAAUGUACUAAUCAACAUAUAUCAUGUAUUAAUACAUUUUUGGAAAAAAAGACUGCUCAGAAUGACUACAUGCAUGCUUCACUGCCCACAGUUCUUUUAAGGGCUCUUCUAAAGAAGGUUCUGGCUACUGCUACACCUGCUGCUGGUAGGCAGAAUGACCCAUUAGGCUACGAUGCCCUGAAUAAGAGUGGAAAUAUAGAGGGACACGUGCCUCAGGAGAGUCUUCCACUGAGAACACAACUAAAAACAGAUUCCUGUCUUCUGCAUGCUGCCUGGGGUUGGUGUGGUAAGCAAGAGAGAAAUGCAAGAGAGACAAGCUCCUUGGGGAUAUUCCAUGCAAAUAUGAUAGUCAUCUCAUCUGAGAAAAACCAAAGUACCACUAAUCCCAUUUUUAGUGAAUGUAGGUAACUACGUCACUAGAAAUGACUAUAAAGUUAGAAUGAUAUUUACUAUAACUUGUCACCUUCGGACUACAAUUACUAUUAGACAUUACAAAGUGUCUCAGAAGAUACCCAGGUCAUCACAGCUGGGUCUUAUUACCAUUUUUUACUGUCCUUUUUAUUUUAUAAAGAUAACAACAGGUAUUUAAAAUCUCAAAAAUGGUCAACACAGACUUGCAGUAACUAUUGGUGGUAAGUGACUUGGUGUUUUGUAAUGUGGCUAGAAGUAUAUAUUAAUAUUUCUUUUUUUGGUACCAGGGAUUGAACUCAGGACCUUGCGCUUGUGAGGCAGGUGCGGCACCACUGAGCUAAUUCCCCCGCCCUUUAUGUUAUAAUUUUAGGUUCCUUAUUUUCAUCUAUGUAGUGGCUACAUUUCCAAAAAUACAGUUUACUGAUAAUGAAAUUUACUGAUAAUGAAAGUUUUGUUUAAAACUGGGUGAGCCUGAACUUGGCUUCAUAGGUGCUAUCUCCACAUCUAUGGAUCUCAAAUACUACUGAUUCCAAAUCUCUAUGUCCAACUUGUAUCUUGUGAUCCAGACAUCUAAAUUGUGCCUUUUGGGGUUUAUACUGAUGGCCCCAAAUGAACUCAGUUCUAUCCCCUUGUAUUCCUAUCUCAAUUAAUGAUACUUCCAUCUACUCAAGUUCAGCUGGGUCGAUGGUAUGUGACUUCUUCCAACCACCAAUCUCAUCACCCUUUCACCAAGUCCCAGUGAGACCACCCACAUCUUUUCAUCCCCAGUGGUUCUACCUUAAUUCCGGGCACUCUCUGUGUCUCUAACACUUUAUUCAGUUCCCGACUUUAGUCUUGCUCGUCUCCAGACUAACUGCUUUCUUUCUAAUGCACAGAUCCCUUCUUACUGGACCUAAUAUAGUACUUGUAUUCAUCUCAUGUUACAUCUUCUAACAACCUACACUUGCAGCCUGGAAGUUCCCUCCUCAUUUUCUACGUGCCCUUCAGAUUUUGGCUUGGAAAUCUCUUAUUUCGGGAUGCCUUUUCCGAUCCGUAAGAAAAAAGGUUUGAACACCUUCUGAUAAAGUAUCGUAGGUUUACUUCAAGGGCAUCGGGACAGCCUGUUUAUGCUCUUUCUCCAUUUAAGGAACACACUAUCUAUCUCUACUCUACGCCACAGUUUCAGAACUCAGCACUGUGCUUGGUAUAUGCAUUCAAAUUCUCACUGAAAUCCUAAUACGUCCAGGCACUUUACUCAGCACGAGGAAUACAUCAGUGAACACAAAUGACAAAGAUUCUCUACUUUUAUGGAGAUUAUAAGUUGUCUCUAAGGAAAAUAGACGAAAACAGGUAAACAAGGACUGAGAGUGCUGUGGUAGGGGAAUGUAGCAAGUUGCAGUGCAAAAAAAAAGUAAUCAAGAUAGGCUUCAAUGAGAUGAAAUUUGAGCUAAUACUUGAAACAGGAGAGGGAUUCAGUCACAGAAUGGUUAGUGUUUUCCACGCAGAGAAAGCCAAAACAAUGAUCAUACUAUGUGCGCACCCCUAUAACAGAGGAGCUGGUGUGGCAGAAUGAAGCAAGGGAAAGACAAUAUGAGAUCAGGAAAGUAACAGGGUCGAGGAUCUUACAGGUCACUGUAAGAACUAGUUGGUGAAUCAGAUUCAGAGGUGAAACAUGUUCAUAUCAAUUUAAAAAGGAUCCACAAGAGCUGUACCAGAAGAGAAUGCAGAUUUAGAGUAUCCUGUAGGGUGGAAUCCACAGUACAUACUGACGACAGAGUCACUGGGUAUGAGGAAGAAGAAGCAAGGAAAACUCAAAUUCUUUCCACGAGCAGUAAAAAAGACAACUGCCUUCUAUUGGGAUCAGGGUGGCUCUGAUGGAAGUGGGUUUGCGGGGGAAAGGAAGCAGCACUGACAUGUCGUUCACGUCUAGGCGUGUUAGAGCCCGCUGUUUAUUAGACAUUCAUAUGGUGUGGUCAGAGGCAGAUGGACGUAUCAAUGUACAAUAUGAGAUGUUUGGGCCUGCAAUAUAAAUUUGAGAACUCUCGGCAUAUAGUUUUUGUUUGAACUAUAUGAGGUGAACUAGAUGGUCAACGUAGACCGAGAAAGCAAAAAGAAUCUAGGACUGAGUCCUAGAGCCCUCCAGCAGUAAGAAGUUAGAGGAAAUUUUGUAAAUGAAAAAUUGAGAAAGUAUAAUUUGUAAUGUAGGAAGAAAAUUAUCAAUAAAGUAUCAGGUCCUGAAAGCCAAAUAAAGUUUACCAAAAGAAAAGGAGUAAUCAGCUGGCCAAAACCUGAUCUGCCAUGUGGAGGUCCUUUGGUGAUCUUACUAAGAAUGGUUCUGCUGUGUGGUGGAGGCAAAGGCCUAGCGAUUACAGAAGACCUAAUUCCUGAGCAGUCUUGCCGCCACAGGGAACAGAGGAGCAAGGUGGGCGCUGGCAAAAGUAGUGUGAUUCAUGUAUCUUUAAGGUGACAGAACGAGGUGCUGGAAGUGAAGCUCAAGGUAGAGUACUUGUGUAAAGCCAUGGGUAUAUUAGAAGUUAUCUACGGAAGACAGAAAGAAAGCAAGUAAACCAGGACUGCAAUGCUAUGGGAGGGGAGUGUACACUACGUGCCAGCAUGCGCGAACCCUGGGUUUGAUCCCCCAUACCAAAACAAGAUGACAGAACUAACGUUUACACACUGAGGGAGAAUAAUCUUGGAAGAGAAUAAAAAAAUAGUUACUGCAGGACAAAAAAAAAAAGGUUAUUAAUUCUGCCUAAGAAUGAUGCUUAAGUAGGGCCUUAAUAAAUAUUUUUUGAGGCCAGGCAUGGUGACGCACGCCUGUAAUCCAGCACUCAGGGGGC